AUGCUGCCGUGUGCCAGAGCCUGGAAGCGCGGCAGCAGACUGCUUCAUCUGCCAUGUGCUGAGAAAGACACGUUCAUAAAUGGCUGCAGAACCGUCACAAGCCGGACCUUGAGCACCGCGAGUGACACCCCGAAGAAGGUCAUCUUUUCUGGCAUACAACCAACUGGAGUUCCCCAUCUGGGAAACUACCUGGGCGCUCUCAGACAAUGGGUCAAGCUACAGGAUGAGAGCGAUAAGUCGACCAGACUCAUAUACUCGCUGGUCGACCUCCACGCCAUCACAAUUCGCCAAGAUCCAGCACAACUGCGACAAUGGAAGAAAGAAUCUUUGGCAAUGCUUCUGGCUAUUGGCUUAGACCCUACGCGCUGCACGAUCUUCCAUCAGAGUGAUGUGCCAGCUCACUCAGAGCUGAUGUGGGUUCUGUCUUGUCAAGCAUCCACAGGCUAUCUAGGCCGCAUGACCCAAUGGAAGGACAAGACUUCGAAUGAGAAGGAAGGCAGCGAAAGGCUCAAGCUUGGGCUGUUCUCUUAUCCAGUCCUUCAGGCUGCUGAUGUGCUGGUACACCAGACGACGCAUGUGCCUGUCGGAUAUGACCAGGCCCAGCAUCUGGAAUUCGCCCGCGAAGUCGCGCAGGGCUUCAAUCAUCUUUACGGAGCCGACACCUUGGCCAUACCGGAGACUAUCAUCAGUCCUGCAAAGCGGGUCAUGUCUUUGACGGAUCCACAAGCAAAGAUGUCCAAGUCUCAUCCCAAUCCGAAGUCUAGGAUUCUUCUCACAGAUUCAGAGGAAACAAUCAAAGCGAAGCUCAAGUCUGCGGUCACGGACUCACUCGAAGGCAUCACGUAUGACCCACCGAACCGUCCAGGGGUGAGCAAUUUGGUCGACAUCAUAUUCCAUGCCGAAGACCACACAAGCGCAGGCGAAGAUGGUAGUGGUCAAGCAGCUUUGGCGAAGGAAUUGAAUGGCACGAGUCUUCGUGUGGUGAAGGAGCGUGCAGCGACAGCUGUCAACGACAUAGUCAGGCCCAUUCGAGAGCGAUAUGCUGAGCUGAUCGAGCAGCAGAGCUACCUCGACGAAGCGGCCGCUGCUGGUGCCUUCAAAGCACAAAUCAGCGCCGCCGAGACGAUCCAGAAGGUUAGGAAGGCGAUUGGGGUUGCAUGA